GGAGUCUAAUUGAUGGAUGAGCCCAUUCCCGCCAAUAGAUUGUCAAAUUUGUCAAAAAUAAGGCCAAGUUGUUCUUCUUCAUCUGAAGUUGUUUUGUUUGUGUAAAUAAUUUAAUAAUUAAUAAAAUAAAAUACUAAUCCUCAUCAUGUCUAGAUCAGAAGAUAACGAAGAAAAUAUUAUAACGAAAAUAGAUAACCUAUGUUCGAAUUUAAAUAUAGAUCCUGCAUUUGCAAGAAAUUUCAAGAAUUCAUUUAUAGAAACCAAUCGCCAAUAUACGCUAGAUGGUGACCUCUUACACUGGAUAGGAUGUGCAUUAUAUGCAGCUUGUCACACAUCUAAUUCCAGUGGUCGAUCUGAUAGUGACUCUGAGGACUACACCAUAAAUAUAAGCCUUACAAACCUACUUAGGCUCUGUAACCUAAAGCUUAUUCAGUUUUUUAAUAAAAUAAAAUUGUGGAGUGAUGUUGCUUCCAUGUCAGAGGAUUUCAAAAAGAAGAUGAAUGACCUAGAGGUCAAGUUUGUUGUAACUGCGAUGUUGUCCAAAAAAUAUAGAUCCAUAUUUCAAGAAAUCUUUACAGGGUCAACCAGUACAAGUAAUACUUUGUUCACAUUUACAUGGUAUCUUUAUAUAUGUGUUAAAGGAGAGUUUCAGAACUCUGAUGACUUAGUCGAUAUGUACCAUUUAUUAUUGUCUAGUCUUGACUAUGUUUAUGCCAAUGCCUUUAUGGCCAGACGGACUGAUCUCAUCAAUCCUAAUUUUAAAGGCCUGCCUAGCAAUUGGCAAAGUGAUGAUUUUGAGUUACCAACUAAUCCACCAUGUCUAAUAUCAAUCCUUCAAGAAAUCAUGGAGGACCCAACUAUGAAAUUAGCUAAGGAAGCAUUAAUCAUGAGAGAGUACAGCUGGACACCUGUGAUAAAAUCAUUUUUUGAUAGAAAGAUUUUGAGAGGAAACAAGGAGCAAUUAAUGGGCAUAUUAAACGUCGGUAACUUCGAGGCAAACAUAAAUUCUCUGAAAAAACACUUUGAGACCCAUGUUUUCAGUAUUAUGGAAUUUGACGAAAGAAUUUUCUUAAAUGACGAUGCUAAGGAACAGUUUGGAAUCAUGAACAGAGAUGAAACUAUGACGCCCGAAGUCAAUUCUACAUUUCAGUCGAAUGGACGAGCAUGCCCAGACACACCACUAUCAGGGCAGCGCUACUUGCCGCAACAGGAACUGUUCUUGUCACCAGUCUCCGAAGCAGCCAACAGCUGCGCCCACCUCACUUCCUACCUACAGGGCUCCAAACCACAGCCUUCUUCUACUCUUUUAAGACUCUGCUCUGAAUGUGGAGUAAGUGAAGAAUCUAUUAUUACAAACGUAAUACAACCAUGUAAUGCAUGGAUAACGCAGUUCUCGAACCGACUCAGAGAGCUAGAUUGCAGUAAUGAAAUCAUCGUGUACCGGUGUAACAGGGUCACGUGCUUGUAUUUUAAAAUUCUCGAACACAUAAUCACUGAAGAACACAAAAAGAAACCUCAACUUUCAUUACAAAUACUGCUGAGUCAAGAUACUUACCAGCUGGCAUUAUAUGCUUGUUGUACUGAAGUCAUACUCCAUGUAUAUGGAGUCCAUUCACUAAGGUUUCCUGAAGUUCUCAACAUUUACAAACUCAGUGCAUUCCACUUUUACAAGAUCAUUGAGUUGGUGGUGCAGGCUGUAUCUGAUAAACUCAGUAGGGAUACUAUUAAACAUCUAAAUACGGUCGAAGAAUUAGUACUAGAAUCCAAGGUAUGGAAAUCUGACAGUCCUCUGUGGGAGCAACUGCAGCGAGCUUCAGUACCGUCCUCUGCAGAGGUCUCUUUAUCAGAAUCGCCCAAUCGCCGGAAUAAUUUACUUCAAUCACCUGCAUCUAAUGUCAUCGAUCGCUUUCUUGUGCCAUCGGCUGAACAUGCCAAAAAGCAAUUGUUCAGAGACAACAUAAAACCUGGACAAUCUUUACUAGUGUCAACAAAUAACAUAAAUGUUAAAGAAGAACCGAACACGUCGCAAGCGGGACAAAGUACAAGUAACGGUGAUUUGUCUAUAACAUCAACAACUCCUAAAAAACCUAAUAACUCAUUGAUACUCUUCUUUAGAAAGUUCUACAGUUUGGCGGUGUUACGUAUAAACGACUUGUGUAAACGACUGGAAUUAAGUGACGAAGAGCUGAAACGAAAAAUAUGGACAUGCCUCGAGUACUCUAUUAUGCACCAAACUCAAGUGCUAAAGGACAGACAUCUUGAUCAACUUCUAUUAUGUGCUGUCUAUGUCAUUUGUAAGGUAUCUAACACACAAAGCAAUCGAGUUGAAAGGACAUUUGCAGACAUCAUGCGUUAUUAUCGCCAAAGGCCUCUAGCAAAUAAUCACGUUUAUAGAUAUGUAUUGAUCAGAAGAGCAACAGAAACUGAACCAGAGAAAAGGGCAGAUUUAAUUACGUUUUAUAAUGCCGUAUAUGUGCCAUGUAUGCAGAACUUUGUUCUAAGAUUCGCCGACGGAAAACUAAGAAAUGAAGCGGGAAUGCUUUCGCCACUGCCGGCCACACGUGGCGACGCUGCCAGUUCGCCGCUGGGGCUGCGAGUGUCGGAGCGGCACCAGCUGUACGUGCGGCCACUCACCUCGACACACCUGCCGUCUUGCCAACUCACGUACCGCUUCAGCCGAAGUCCCGCCAAGGAUUUGCACGCGAUAAACAGCAUGGUUUCGAGUGAAGUAGGCGGUAUUGGUGGUAUGAAACGCCCCACUGACACUAUCGGGGCUGAUGUACUUAAACGUGCACGCUACUCCAACCCCAGCGUCACGCGCAAACUGCAGGGACUCAUGAGCGACCGCCAGGCUGUUUGAAGGUUCCAAUUGGAGUCGCUCAGUUAUUAUUUUUUUUUUAUUACUAUUCCAUUUUACUAAAAAAAUAUUGCUUUUAGCUCUCUAGCCGCCUUCUUUUUUAUUAUUUAAAUUAUUUGACAAUACAAAAAAUGAAAUCAAUUGUAAUUAAUUUGACAAGACGGUAAAAUUAAUGUUAUGUGUAAAAUGCUAUAUUUUAUACAUAAAUCAAAAUAUAUUUAAAUAAUUAUUUAAAACCAUAGAUUAUAGUAUAUAUAUAUGGUGACAAAGUAGAAUUAUAAGAUCAUUGAAAGUGAACAUUGAUCAAGAAUUAAAUAUUUGUACUUUAAAUUGAUUAUUUGACUAUUAAAAUAUUUACUUCCUAAUAGCACACCUUAAUUUAAAAUCAAUGUUUUAGUUAUUAUUGUUUAUUAAGAAUCCAGCUUCUCUAGACAAGUAACAAACUAAUUAUCUAUAUAUAUGUUAUCGCUACGUGCAUAUACGUCUUGUUUUAACAACACUGCAUUACUGAAAAUGUAUCCAAAUAGAUUAAAUUCGUUUGGCACUUGUCCAGGGAGGCAAAAAAAGGUUCUUUCUUGUAACUGAAAAUGCUAUAUACAACAUUGAUCUCAAUUAUCUCAAACAAAGAUACGCCAUAUUAUUAUUUUAAAUAAUUAUGCUCAUUGUUUUGUAAUUUUGUUGUAAGUGUGUUAGUAGGACUGAGUUUAAUUAAACACAUUAAAUAUUUCGCUUUUAUUUUCUCUUUAUUAGUUGCGAGGGUACGAGCGGAGGCUGAUAAGUUCGCGGCCUCAGGUGCUUUAUGAAUGAAAAGUAUAAUUUUAUAUUUUCCAAUAUAAUUCCCCUCAUAGGAAAUACACUUUUCAUAUCGUGAGUACAAAGAUCCAAAUCCUUUGAAAAAAUAUUCUUUGGGUUUCUCCUCGAAAUGGUUUUCUACAUCCGCCUUCAUCUUGCUGUCGUCAUAAAAUCUUCGUCCUUGUAACUCCUUUUUUAAACUUGAAAGAGGAAAAAAUCACUGCGAGCCAGGUGUAGACUAUAGGGUGGGUAGUUAAUUUCUAUGAAUCCCGUAUCAUUUAAAGCAUCUCUUGCAACCCGAACUGUGUAAACGGGCGCAUUGUCUUGCAAAAACAGCACUCCGUGCGCUAACUUGCCACGUCUCUUCUGUACAACUGCGUCAUGUGCCUGACCCAGUAAUUUAUCGUAGUACUGUUCGUUCAUUGUAGUUAGAGAAUACAGAGAUAUAAUAGACUGUUUUUUUUAUCCCGGGAUUUCGGGAUUACUGAAAGAUAAUAUCAGGAUCCCGGGAUCAAUUUAGGAAUGCAGUAGCAAUAAAAAGUCAGUAAUUUUAAUGAACUAAGUAUGAAAAAAAAGUAUUAUUUAUACUUACAAAGAGUCAUGCAAUUUUAUUAUUAGUAGUGAGAUAGUCAUCGCUAAGUACCUUAAGUCGCAAACUUAUCAGCCGCCCUUCUCAAUAUAAAAAAAAUAUAUAUUUUUACAUUGUAUUACUUUUUAUUGUGCUUCCUUAAGCCCCGAGUAUAUCACAGUGCGAGGGCUAAAUAACUAUUGUUUUAUUUUAAAUUUGUUUAAUUUGGCUGUAUGUAUCGUUUCCGGUACGAAUUAUUGUUGUGUAUUGACAAUCAUUAAAAAAUAAUGUCUGCGCAUCAUAGUUAGCGUUAAUAACUCCUACCGAAAAUUAUGUACUCUCUGGAUACAGAUAAAUGUCGAAUUUAUCAGUAUUGAGACCAGGAAGAUGGUAUUGAAAAUUAUAUUUACAAUUGUCUUAAAAGUCAACCGUUAUAAUGCAGUGCGCCGCAUUUCUAUUAACUGCCAGAAAAACCUAUAUAAGAAAAACGAACCUUUUUUUCUUACUGUGAUAAGUUGAUACACGAUACUUUUAAAUCUUCUGAAACAUUCAAAUAGUAUCUUUAAAUUCAGUUUGCUCAAGUCACCAAUUAUAAGGGUUCUAUUGAGCAUAUACCAUCUUCAUGGAUACUGUUUAUUGGUGUUUAUGUAAAUUAUGAUUUCAUGUAAUGAAUAAAUAGGUUUUAAAUAAUUUAUCUGUAAAUAUAAGACAACUAGGCUUCUUAUUUGUAUAUUAUUGAAGCAACAUUAAUCUUGUGUUGCCUACAAUCGUAAGUGGACCAAGAGUUUUUAUUUAAUUGAAAAUUAUGUAUAAAAAAUUGUUUUAGUUAACACUUGAAUAGUUGCGUAUUCGAACUUCGAUUAUAAGAAAUACAUAUUUUAUUUUCUUUCAUUAAUUUUAUCAAUAUUACUUUAAUAUACCGAAAUAACUAAACAAUCAAUUUAUUUUUUCUUUAAGUUUUAUCAUGUAUUCUUUGUGUAAACUUAUGUAAUUUUUCUAUGAACAAGACGUUUCAACAAUUUUAAAUCUAUUAAGUAAUAAUCUAUAUUUAAUUAAAAGCUUUUACAAAAAAAGACUUGUUUAUAGAAAAAAUAUUAUAUUGUCUUGUAUGAAAGUAGGUAUAUAAUUAUAAAAUAAAUACCACUUUAAAA